AUGUCAUUUCACUUUUUCGAAGCAUGGUGUCUGAUAUUUCUAUAUUUUUAUUUUAACAUACAAAUUGAGUGUUAUCUGGAUGAUCCGAAGUUGCCAGAAUGUGACGUCUCCAUCGAUACGGCAAUUUGUAUUAACAAUGGGCAAAAGAUCCUGUUGCCCGAGGCAAAGCCAUAUGGCAUCUCCGCCUACAUAAACUUCGACAGCAUAUCUGCAGUAGACGCAACUGGAAACCGAAACCAUGCCGUCGGAAACUUUUUCCCCUCCACUGGAUUUGGCGGUAUCGGGAACUCUUCCCUGUUCAGAAAAAAUUACAUUUACAUUCCUCAUUCAGAGGAGUAUUUCAAAACGGUCGAUUUUUCCUACACCUUUUUUAUCUACCUACUGGAGGAUGAACUGUCGAUAAAAAAUAACGUAGAAGAAAUGUUUUGCCCCGUAAUCCACAAGGGAAUCAUAAAAGACAACAUCCAGGAAUCCUCCCCAGCAAUAUUAAUAAAUGCAAAGAACGGACGAAUUAAAAUCGUUUUGAGCACCUCUUCUAGCACGAACUCCGCCGGAGAAGAAUUUUUGAGCAAUUUCAAAUUAAAGCGUCACCAGUGGUAUCACAUUGCAGUUGUCAGGCACAUAAACCACGUAAGACUCUUCGUGAACGGAAUCCUUGACUCCAGUUUUCUAACCGAAGGUAGAAUAACAAAAACGAACGACUUUCCAAUAUACAUAGGGGGGGCACCAUAUUCAGUAGAGUCUUGUGACUUUCCAUUUUUACUGGACGAAUUAAAAGUUUAUAAUUUGAGCAUCGGAGUGGACCACAUUCAGAGUGAAGCGGCAUCAACCCUAAACGGAGUAGAACCAUCUUUCAUCUACUUUGGUUGUUUUCAUUGCGAUAUUAACAAUGCUAUUUUGUCUUGUCCGAAUAAUUAUCAUUUAUGCAAUAAGGUGGAACUAUACAUCGGGGUUUACAAUGUGAUGAGGAAGUUCUCACUAAAUAUAAAUAACCUCAUAUUGCCCUUCUCCCCCGAGAACCACACGGGCAUAGGUGUGUGUUGCGCCGAUAUAUGA